AUGGCUGGGGAUGUCUUACAGAUAUUUGCACAGCGACUUCUCACUUCGUGGCAUCGAUAUCGAAUCCCAAUCUUCUUUCUCGCGGCUGUGGUUUCCAUCGUCAUAUGGCUAUCCACACGAUAUCAUAAACGCAAUACUCCAUUAUCUGACUCUCUUUCUCCCUGUCAAAGCGAGGAGCAGAAUCAAAAUGACAAAGCUGAACCCUGUCGAGUGGAAUCUCCCUCCAAGAAUGACCCAGCAGCUGCCUUUUAUCCCAACAGCGAUCAUUCAGGGUCCUCCAUUGAAAGCCAGGUUAGACAAGCUAAGCAAUCUGCCAAUGGGCCUAAGAGGGUCCAUGGAAGCAAGCCAGUGAAGAGAGGCGCCAAUAACAGAACCAAUCCUGGAGAAUUAUCGCGGGACAUUAACAUCCAGCCUAUGGUCUUUUACGUCUCGUUGACUGGCUCUACUGAAGCAUAUGCCAAAUCAUUUUGCCAUAGACUACAGAAAGCCACCCACGCAUUAAUAGAGAAUCAUAGUAAAACCGCCAUCCUGACUCCGCAAUUACACGAUCUGUCGUAUAUCGAGCUCGACGACUACUUCAUCGCCGCUCCAAAACCGCCAGACUCAGCUCCGAAUACUCGAUUUUUUUACUGUAUUUUGAUCCCGACCUACAACAUCGAUACGAUGAUUAAUACGUUUCUGGGGCACUUGGAUGAUACACAUAAUGAUUUCCGCAUCGAUACGUCGUCCCUGUCGGGGCUUGCUGGGUAUUCUGUUUUUGGCUUUGGCGAUCGUGAGGGCUGGCCCUCCGAGGAAGAAGGCUUCUGUUCUCAAGCAAGAGAUGUAGAUAGGUGGAUGGCCAAGUUGACGGGCAAAAAGCGAGCAUAUCCGUUAGGAAUGGCUGAUGUGAAAGGAGACAACACCCAAAUGGUUUUGAAUGAUUGGUGUGACGGGUUGAGCGGUAUUAUGUUCGACCUAAUAUCGUCUGGAGGGUUGGGCGAAGGUUUCCCUGGAAGCGGUGAUCCCAUUGAGAGUGACGAGGAAGAUAUUCGUGAUGGUGAAGAAAACGACGAGAAUGGCCAGAGCCUUCGGAACAAGCGUAAGGAGGAGCAGAUUGUGGACCUUGAAGACAUUAAGUUCGGCGUUACCGACGGCAAGGGAACAUCCACUGAUCGUCAACUAUUGCCCAUCGAUUUCACGACACAUUCCCACCCUCAAGCUUCAAAACCUGUGUCUCAGCCUCAACUUGAAAUGGUGCCCACCUCGUCACCCACCUUCACCGCACUGACAAAGCAAGGAUAUACAAUAGUUGGCUCACAUUCGGGAGUGAAAAUAUGCCGCUGGACCAAGUCCGCUUUGCGAGGACGUGGCUCUUGUUAUAAAAAUUCUUUCUACGGAAUUAAAUCCCAUCUUUGUAUGGAGACGACACCAUCGCUCUCUUGCAGUAACAAAUGUGUAUUCUGUUGGCGCCAUGGAACGAACCCAGUUGGAACUACCUGGCGCUGGAAGGUUGAUCCCCCAGAUCUCAUUUUUGACGGAGUAAAAGCGGGACAUUACAAGAAAAUUAAAAUGUUACGUGGUGUCCCUGGUGUUCGAGCUGAGCGGUUUGCUGAAGCAAUGCGUAUCCGACAUUGCGCCUUGAGCUUGGUUGGGGAACCAAUAUUCUAUCCUCACAUCAACGAAUUUCUCUCUCUCCUUCACAAUGAACAUAUUUCUAGCUUCCUUGUAUGCAAUGCGCAACAUCCGGAUGAGCUUGCGGCACUUCAUCGUGUCACCCAACUGUAUGUCUCCAUCGAUGCAAGCAACCGCGAUAGCCUUCGGAAAAUCGACCGCCCUCUUCAUCGUGACUUCUGGGAAAGAUUUCAGCGCUGCCUCGACAUACUACGAGAAAAGAGAUACCUCCAGCGGACUGUUUACAGGCUCACGCUUGUCAAAGGUUUUAAUGUGGAUGAGGAAGCAGUUGGAUAUGCUGACCUAGUAGAAAAGGGUCUUCCCUGCUUUGUGGAAGUCAAGGGAGUAACCUUUUGUGGAACAAGCACGAGUGCCAGUGCUGGGCUAACUAUGCAGAAUGUUCCAUUCUACGAGGAAGUUGUUGCUUUUGUCGUUGCAUUGAAUGCCGAGUUAACCCGGCGCGGCCUUGGGUACGGCAUUGCGGCUGAGCAUAAACAUAGCUGCUGUGUGCUGCUUGCGUCAAAUCGGUUCUAUGUCAACGACAGGUGGCAUACAAGAAUUGACUACGACAAAUUUUUCACACUGCUGGAAAAAGAGAAGAACAAUGGCAUAUCAUUCCGCCCUGAAGAUUAUAUGAGGGAAACUGAUGAAUGGGCGUUGUGGGGAAAUGGAGGUUUUGAUCCGAAUGAUACCCGUGUUUACACUCGAGGAAGAAAUAAGGCAAAGUUAAAUGCCGUUCUGAAAGCAUCAGAGCAAAAUGCCACUUCUGUUGAAGGCUGA